AUCCCGAAUUUCAACACAAAUUUACAAGUUUCCUUCAUAGAAGUAGAGGAAGAGAUAGAAACAGAGAGAGAUGGAAGUAUUUGCAAGCAACAAGUUAUCUAUUAAGCAAAUUUUCAGUGUCCUCACAAUUCUUCUGUUUAUCUCUUUGGCACAGAGUGCCUCACCUUUAAAAGCUUCUAAAACUUUCAUCACCAAAUCAUGCACCAACGCCACAUAUCCACCACUAUGCGUCAAGACCCUCAUCCCAUACGCUCCCAAGGUGGGUACCAAACCAUUGAAGCUCUGCAAUGCCGCCCUCACGGAGGCCAUACUGGCAGCCAGCAAUGCCUCGGCCGCCGUGUCGAAGAUAGCAAAGCAAAAUGGGCUUGCGCGUUACGAGGCGAAAGCCAUCAAGGACUGCAUCGAAGACAUGAAAGACACGGUUUAUGAACUUAAGCUGACGCUCAAUGCCAUCGGACAUCUCAAUGAUCCCGACAAGGAAUUACAAUGGGAUAAUGCCAAGACAUGGGCUAGUGCAGCCAUAACGGACAUAGAUUCGUGCAUGGACGGAUUUUCGGGCGGGAAAGUGAAUCCCAUUGUGAAGAAGAAGAUCAGAAGCAGUAUCACUGGAGUGCAAAAACUUACUAGCAAUGCUUUAUCCCUAAUCAACCACCUUCAUUAAAUAAUAAUGAAUCAUCUUCAUCUAUAUCAUUAUCAUUCUUAUAAUACAUAUUUUUCUCUUGUGACUAGCUUGAUGGAAAUUGGAAUCCACAAAUUAGGAAUUAA